UCGCCGAGAUUUCCUGAACUGGUCCGUGUUCUCCUGGAAUGGAUUGUCCAUUAUCGCCCCUCUCCGAAGUCCGUUCUUCUCAGGAUACGACUCGAAGAAAUGGCUGUUACAUGUCGCACACGUUGAUUAAUUAACAAUCCAAUUUUGAACUCCCGAGUACCUCCGAACAUGAUUCGUAAUGUAAUCGUUCUCUUCGACGACCGUAAAACGGGAGAAACGCAACGACCGCCAACCACCAUUUCGCGUAAUGGCGGACCGCUGGUGGUUGGCGCCACCUAGUGGCGGCAGAUUCAAACGCGAAACAAUUGCCGAUGAUUUCGGCAAUUGUUUAACGGAAAACACGAAAAUGAUCGAAAUAUUGAAUUUCUCACAGACCCAACUAUUACAGAACAAUGUACUUAUCUGGUUAAUCACGCUAUUAGCCGAGCUUAUGUUGUUGCACUUCUCCGGAAGAAAAGCUUUGAAACUCACGAAACAGAAAAUUCCACUGAUUUCGAAAGAAGCAAGGCAUUUCCGAAAAAACGAAAUUCGCGAAUGGUCGGGCUGGUAGCUGACGGAGCUGCGGACGCGCGUCUCAUUGCCUCGGACUCUCGGAGUGCUUCAUCGAAGCU